AUGAACCCUCUCCGUAUUAUUGCCCGGCCUGCCGGUGUUUGUGUCACUCCUGUUGCUUUCCGAACCACCACCUCUCCUCUCGCCGCCGCUCACUUUUACACAUCCAACAACCGAUUUACCAAGAACUACCUUUACGGACGACGAACCAUGGCGACCAUUCAGAAGAUCAAGGUCAAGAACCCCGUCGUCGAGCUCGAUGGCGACGAGAUGACCCGCAUCAUCUGGCAAAACAUCAAGGACAAGUUCAUCCUCCCCUACCUCGACAUCGACCUCAAGUACUACGAUCUCGGCCUCGAGUACCGCGACGAGACCAACGACCAGGUCACCAUUGAUGCCGCCGAGGCCAUCAAGAAGUACUCGGUCGUGUGGCUCUCGCCCAACGGCACCAUCCGAAACGCUCUCGGCGGAACCGUCUUCCGUGAGCCCAUUGUCAUCCCCGUGUCCCCGCCUCAUGGUCUACACCCCACCGGUGGUGAGCCCCAGGAGAUUGAGGUCUUCGAGUUCAAGAACGGUGGUGGCGUUGCCCAGACUCAGUACAACACGGAUGAGUCUAUCACCGGCUUUGCCCACGCUUCCUUCAAGCUCGCCAUCCAGAAGAGCCUCCCUCUCUACAUGAGCACCAAGAACACCAUUCUUAAGAAGUACGAUGGUCGCUUCAAGGACAUCUUCCAGGAGAUCUACGACACCACCUACAAGAAGGACUUCGAGGCCAAGGGUAUCUGGUACGAGCACCGUCUCAUUGACGACAUGGUCGCCCAGAUGAUCAAGAGCUCCGGUGGCUACAUUAUGGCCCUCAAGAACUACGACGGUGAUGUUCAGUCCGACAUCGUCGCCCAGGGCUUCGGCUCCCUCGGUCUCAUGACCUCGGUCCUCAUCACCCCUGACGGCAAGUCCUUUGAGUCCGAGGCCGCCCACGGCACCGUCACUCGUCACUACCGCGAGCACCAGAAGGGCAACGAGACCUCGACCAACCCCAUUGCCUCCAUCUUCGCCUGGACCCGUGGUCUCAUCCAGCGUGGCCAGCUCGACGGCACCCUGAGCUCGAGCGACUACGUCACCACCAACGAGUACCUCGAUGCCGUCGAGAAGAGGCUCAAGUCCACCAUUUCCAAGCUCUAA